AUGGAUCUAAGGAAGGCUGCCGCUCUGUGUCUAGGGCUGUGGAGCGCCUGGCUCUGGGCUGGCCAGAGUCCCCAGGCUGCGGCAGUGCUGCCCACCGCACACAGGCAAGAAACUGCCAGGAGGGCGCUGCCAGCUACCCAGGAGACUGGCACCCCGCAAAGGGAUACCCACCGGCACGUCACCUCCAGAAAAGAGAGCUGCGGCAAGGCUGCCGUGGUGCCCCAUGAAUACAUGCUUUCCCUGUACAGGAGACUAUCCCGCAAGGAACACAGAGGGCUGCACAGCAACAGCACACGGGACAGGGCAGCUGCCAACACGAUUGCCAGCUUCGUGGACCAGGAGCACGAUAAAGUUCCUCUUCAGUCCCUGGAGCAGAACUACCUGUUUGACACCAGCACGUUGUCUUCCUUGGAUGAGAUUGUGGGCGCUGAGCUAAGGAUUUUACGCAAACCUCCUGAGAACAUAAGCCUUGUGGUAUUAGACUCAGGGAAUGUUGUUCACCUUCACCUUUACACUUGUGUUACCACCUGGGAGGAGCCCAUCCUCCUAGACUCCCGUACUGCUGACCUUAUGGCCACCUUCUCCAAAUGGGAAGUAUUUAAUGUCUGGAAUGCCAUGGACAACAGGAAAAGUCCUGGUGAGCAUUUGUGCUUUACCUUAAAGAUAGUCUCUGAUCUCACAGACCGAUACUUGCCUCCAGCCCAGCUUGGAUUUAAUCGCUUGGGUUUAGCAGAACCGGAAAAAGCUUUGCUGGUGGUCUCCUCCUAUUCUAAGAGGAAAGAGAACCUUUUCAAGGAGAUAAGGGACAAAAUUAAGUCAAUGGAAAACCCUAAAGGAGCAGAUCCUCCCGAUCAUGACCAAAGGUCCGUCAUUAAAAGAAGAAGGAAAAGGACAACGUUGCCAACCAGGACAAGUCACAACAAAGGACAAGGCAAAAGGGCUAAAACAAGGUGUAGUAAGAAGCCCUUGCAUGUCAACUUCAAAGAGCUUGGCUGGGAUGACUGGAUAAUAGCCCCGUUGGAUUAUGAAGCUUAUCAUUGCGAGGGUAUGUGUGAUUUUCCUCUAAGAUCCCAUCUGGAGCCUACCAACCAUGCCAUAAUCCAGACCUUAAUGAAUUCAAUGGACCCGGAGUCCACGCCACCCAGCUGUUGUGUCCCUUCCAAACUCAGUCCUAUAAGUAUCCUAUACAUAGACUCUGGCAACAACGUGGUCUACAAGCAGUAUGAGGACAUGGUUGUAGAAAACUGUGGUUGCAGGUAG